AUGGCGCACCCUCCGCUCUCGCCGCCAGCCAAGAAAGGAAGUGGCAGCCCUCGCGCAGCCGCUCACCAGGACUUCGUUGACGGAAGUCCCGCCUCCCGCAAGCCGCACGCCCAUUGGUUUGUCGGCCCGGCGCUCAACCAGAUCUGCUUUUUCAUUGCCUCCGGAUCCACCAACCUCACACAGCCCCGCCUUCGUUCGCAGCUAGACUACAACUCACAGGAGCCUCUGCCUUCAGAGGCUGGUGCCCUGCAUUGCUGCUGUCCCUCGGGGCCCCGGACCCCACAACGCCUGUCCUUCUCCUUUGGGGACCAUUCAGCUGAAGAGCUAUGUGUUUGGGCUGCUAAGGCCAGUGGUGAGUCGGUCCUGCCUGUGCACCACCCCUUUGCUCCCACACGGAGGAUCCUGUCCCACUGGCAACCUCCGAGCCACAUCUUCUCCUGGUGGGAGGAUGCAAAGCAACUCCAAGUCCUGCUCUACAGCCUCCAGGCUUCUUCCCCAACAGGCCAUUUCCCCAACUGGUUUGCUGAGAAAUGCCACCGCUUGCCAUGGAAGGACUUGGCUAGCCAUCCUGACUUGCCACGGGAGAGCCCUUCUACCAGCUGGGCCUCAGUCUCAAGGGAGCAGGGUGAAUGUCUCAGCCUGGCAGUGCUGGACCUACCUCGAUGGCCUGCGGAGCAGGCUCAGCAGCCUGAGGAGCUGCUGAAGACCGCUGCGGACGCCGGGAAGUCCGAGGACUGUGCGCCGGGCCUGCCGCUGCGGACCGCCUGCCAGGCUGAUGGCAGGCACUCCGCCAGGCUAAGUACAUCAUGGGACCUGGAGAGCUGGACCCGCCAGGCCGCCGAGUCCUUCCUCGUGAGCCUCCCUGCUGCUGGUGGUCAGAUGCCCGGGCUGCCAGUGGCUGGUGACAGCGGCAUCCACUGGAGUCCGGAGGACACGAGGCCUCCAGCCCUUCUGCGAAUUUUCCAGACAUCAGCAAUCAAGCAGGUCCGUGUUGGUCCUCACCGGGAGCACCGCCAUCACCGCCACCAGGACGACAACCAGAUCCUGCCUGAUUUUGCCAUCAACAAGCUUCAUGUCGGGGCUCCCUUCCUCGGCAUGUUCUCUACGGGCUGCCUCAUCCGUGUGACCCCUACUGGAACCUUCUCCCUGGCUGGCCUCGGCCGCCCACACAGCAGUCUUCGAGCUCUUGGCAGCCUGGGUUGGGAUGCUGGGCUGCACGGAUGGGGCUACAGCCUCACCUCCUGCUGCCCCAGACCCAAAGAAAAGUCCAACCUGAUCGUGGUGCGGAGAGGUUGCAGCACUCCCACAUCAUCCCUUGUUUGGCCCCAAUCCCAGUGCCAGCUGAGUCAGAUGACGUUUCACAAGAUCCCUGCUGACAGCCUGGAGUGGCAUGAGAACCUGGGUCAUGGGUCCUUCACCAAGAUUUACCGAGGUUGUCGCCAUGAGGCUGUGGACGGGGAAGCCCGGGAGACAGAGGUGCUACUCAAAGUGAUGGAUGCCAAGCACAGAAACUGCAUGGAGUCCUUCCUGGAAGCAGCGAGCCUGAUGAGCCAAGUGUCGUAUCAGCACCUCGUGUUGCUCCACGGCGUGUGCAUGGCUGGAGACAGUGUCAUGGUGCAGGAAUUUGUGCGCCUGGGAGCCCUGGAUACAUAUCUGCGCAAGUCUGGCCACCUGGUACCAGCCAGCUGGAAGCUGCAGGUGAUCAAACAGCUGGCCUAUGCCCUCAACUAUCUGGAAGACAAAGGCCUCCCCCAUGGCAAUGUCUCAGCCCGGAAGGUGCUCUUGGCUCGGGAGGGGGCUGACGGGAACCUGCCCUUCAUCAAGUUGAGUGACCCUGGUGUCAGCCCCACUGUGCUGAGCCUGGAGAUGCUCACUGACAGGAUCCCCUGGGUGGCCCCUGAGUGUCUCCAGGAGGCCCGGACCCUUGGCUUGGAAGCUGACAAGUGGGGUUUCGGUGCCACAGUCUGGGAAGUGUUCAGCGGGAUCCCGAUGCCCAUCAGUAUCCUGGAUCCUGCCAAGAAGCUCCAGUUUUACGAGGAACGGCAGCACCUUCCUGCCCCCAAGUGGAUGGAGCUGGCCACACUGAUCCAACAGUGCAUGGCCUAUGAGCCAGGCCAGAGGCCCUCCUUCCGCGCCAUCAUCCGUGACCUGAACAGCCUCAUCACUUCAGAUUAUGAGCUCCUCUCAGACCCCACACCUGGUGCCUUGGCGCCCCGUGAUGGGCUGUGGAAUGGCGCCCAGCUCUACGCCUGCCAGGACCCUACCAUUUUUGAGGAGAGACAUCUCAAGUACAUCUCACAGCUAGGCAAGGGCAACUUUGGCAGCGUGGAGCUGUGCCGCUAUGACCCACUGGGCGACAACACGGGGGCCCUAGUGGCUGUGAAGCAGCUUCAGCACAGCGGGCCAGAUCAGCAGAGGGACUUCCAGCGGGAGAUCCAGAUCCUCAAAGCCCUCCACAGCGACUUCAUUGUCAAGUACCGCGGUGUCAGCUAUGGCCCGGGCCGCCAGAGCCUGCGGCUGGUGAUGGAGUACCUGCCCAGCGGCUGCCUGCGCGACUUCCUGCAGCGACACCGCGCGCGCCUCGACGCCAGCCGCCUGCUCCUCUACGCCUCGCAGAUCUGCAAGGGCAUGGAGUACCUGGGCUCCCGCCGCUGCGUGCACCGCGACCUGGCGGCCCGUAACAUCCUGGUGGAGAGCGAGACGCACGUCAAGAUCGCCGACUUUGGCCUCGCCAAGCUGCUGCCGCUCGACAAAGACUACUACGUGGUCCGCGAGCCCGGCCAGAGCCCCAUCUUCUGGUACGCCCCAGAGUCCCUCUCUGACAACAUCUUCUCGCGUCAGUCGGACGUCUGGAGCUUCGGGGUCGUCCUGUACGAGCUUUUCACCUACGGCAACAAGAAUUGCAGCCCCUCAGCCGAGUUCCUCCGGAUGAUGGGAUGGGAGCGAGACGUCCCCGCCCUCUGCCGCCUCCUGGAGCUGCUGGCUGAGGGCCAGAGGCUGCCCGCGCCUCCUGCCUGCCCCGGUGAGGUUCAUGAGCUCAUGAAGCUGUGCUGGGCCCCGAGCCCGCAAGACCGGCCAACAUUCAGUGCCCUGGGCCCCCAGCUGGAUACACUGUGGAGUGGAAGCCGGGGGGUAGCAUAGAGCGUGAGACUCACGCCUGCCCUGCUUGUCCGCAGGGAGAGCCCCACGCACUUCCUUUUUCUCUCUCCUGCACGCUGCAUGCACACCUCUGGGUUCUGGUCUUUGUGGAUUGGCCGUGUGCCCUUCGGCAGGAAGUUGCCACUCUCUGGGCUUCCUGCUUCACAGAGAUCCCCACGGGGCAAUGACAUUGCCUUUGGGAGGGCUACCCACCCCUGUUGGGGGGCAACAACCGUCUUGUGGCCUCAGCAACUUGAAAAGGUUCAAGAUGAAUCCCUCGGUUGGGGGCGUGGCCAGCUGUGCCUUGCGACGGGAAUUGAGGAACCAGACUGAAGCCCCUCCCAUCUCCCUACCCUCUUGGAUUUGGUCCUGGGCUUCCUGGCGCAGCGAGGACGUGGCAUAGCUUUAAAUAUAUGAUCCCAGGCUUCUGUCCCCCCUCCCUCUUGUGCUGGAGCGAGCCACAGACAAGAGCAGCUGCCCUGGUUGGAAAUUUGCUUUGGGGGGCCAGGAAGGCUGGGAUCACAGUCCACCCUAAAUGUACCAGAGCGUGUCAGGUUUCAUGUUGGCCCACUUGCACACUGGGGCCCUUUCUUGGCCCACUUGCACACCGGGGCCCUUUCUGUCCUGACCGGAGGGUCACACAGUUGAUGACCCUGGAGACUUGCAGCAGCUAAGGGAAGGAAAGGUAUUCUCGGCAGAGGGAACAACAUGGUGAGAGUGAGGAGGCUCAGAGGACAGAGUUUAAGAGCCCACGGUUCUGCCACUCACUUGCUGUGUGAUGGCAGGCAAGUUGCCUCCCCUUUCUGGGUCUCCUGUAUAAUGGGCAGAUUAAUGGUGCUGGCCUCCUGCUGUACAGUUUCCAGAGCCUUGUGAGAAAGCAUCUUGGGCAUAAGUAACCCCCACCCCCACCCCCACUUCUCCCCUGCCUGCAGUCUUUUCUGCCACUUUUGCCCCCUGGAAAACGUAUUUAUCUCUCAAAACCCCAGCUAUCCCCUCCCUGCAGCCUUCCCUGGCAUGCUCCCACCACUUCUCACCGGCCGAUCACUCUCCCUCUGAUCCUAGGGCUGGGGUGUCUGUCCAGAUCUGUGUCCUCUCA